AUGUCAGCGCUGGCUGCCAUCGCGGCGGUCGGCGGGAGGGAGCUCGCGAUGCUAAACCUUGUCAAAUACAGUUCCAUCGUCUCGGCUACCAUCGUCUGGCUCGAGAUAUUUGCGGUUAUAGAAGAGGAGGUAGAUCUCCUGUUUGUCUUCAGCACGAUAUUCGCCCUUGAUAGAUACAACCUUGGCGGUGAUGUCGACUCUCAGCAUGACGAGCAGCCCCAAGGUGGGUUCAUCCGGGCCCUCGCCUCGCGCACGCUGGCGCUCUACAACUUCAACCGGUACAUCGUUGCACUCAUGGGCCUCCUUGGUGUAGUUAUGGUUGUACCAUCAACAGCAACCUUCAUCCACUUUCUGGAGAACACGUACUACCCAGAUGAAACCAUCAUCCGGAUAACUGGCUGCGUCCUUAGCGUGGAGGACCGCGGACAGAGCUGGGUGCUCUUCGGCUGUAUCCUUGCGUCAGAGACAGGCCUGUUCUACUACUGUAUUCUGCUCGUGUUCUCGGUGAUCAAUCUUCUCGUCACACUCCUCGGUCCCAGAUGGCAACAACGGACGGGGCAAGCACGGACGUGGCGACACAGGACCCAAUUGUAUGAGAGGGCUUCGAUCUCCUCUGCCAUGCGCGAAGGCUCCGCUUCGAAGUUCGGCAAGCCGACGGCACCCCGCACUCUGUAUUCGGACGUUGUACUCUACUCCACCCCUCACACUACAGGACCAGAGUGUUGUAGCUCUACACUGUACUUCUACGCCAAAACACGGAACUCAGUGCAGCCGGGCGUACACUGCGCCACGCGCGCCGAAGUCGUCGCCGCCGAGAUCAAGUGGGCGAAGGGCGAGCUCGAGCCUGAAGCGGUCGCGAUCGCGAUCGCGGCAAUGAAGCCGUGCACGCAGAGAUGGUGA